AUGGCCGACUUUGAGCGGACCAUUCUUGAAUUCUACCAGCUUCCCACACCAUACCCUGUAGAGUGGCCGGCGGAAAAGGAGGGGGGGGGAGCCUAUUACUCGUCUGGCGACGAGGAAAAUGGGACCAAGCACCGGCGACGAAGGUCGCGGUACCAGGCCCUCGAGUCGGCCGUCCAUGAUCGGCGGAGCGUUGUGUCGGGUGUCGAAGACAUUGGCAACUUGGUUCAGCAAGACGAGCCCGAUCCCCUCGGCACAUCCGAUAGCGUCGUCCAGUCGUUGACGAGCAUGGGCCUGCCUCUGCAAGAUGACCUGCGCAUGCGAAACCGCUUCUUGCUCUCCUCCACCACCUUCUCUCCCGCCCUCUUUCUCUCCCAGAUGCACGCCAAUGCCGACACCCGAAGCCUCCACCAGGGCCUCGAUGUCCUAUCCCAGUCGAUCGAUCAGAAGUCGGCUUCGCUCAAGGUCCUCGUCGAGACCAACUUUGAGCGCUUCGUCAGGGCCAAGGCGACGAUUGAUAACGUCUACAAGGAGAUGAAGUUUCGCGGCAUCGACCCGAACCAACCUCGAGGCCCCCGCCACGUUCGCCAUGCCAGCCGAGGCAGCGUCCUCGCCGGCAGCGUCGGCAGCCCCUUGAACAGGCUCUCGUCCGACGGCCGGAUGAAGAACGCGCUCAUAAAGGAGAGCGACUACGGCGUCAUGGGCAUAAAGACACCCCUGCUGGACGUCUCCGCCAAGGCAGAGGACGUCUGGGGGCCCGCCCUCGGGGGCCGGGAAAUGGAGGGCCAUCUUCGGACCGUCUCCGACCAGCUCGAUCAGUUCAGGGAAUACGUUGAGCUCAGCGCCUCCGUCUCGGAAAGCAUCAACCGGAACGACUACAAAGCCCUGGUCGAAAGCUACCAUCGCGCCCGCUCCUUCGCCGACGAGGCCCGCGUCAUGUCGCAGCAGCUGCGCGGCGAAUCGCCUGCCGACGUUCAGCUCUACCAGAUGGUCAUCGCCGGCCGCAUGUGGCAUGACGUCGACCAACAGAUACAGGCCUUCAAGAAGGAUGUCUGGAAGAAGCUCAUCUUGCUGCCGACGCUGCCCAAGCCGGAAAACUUGGAGGAUCCACACAUGGACAUCAUCGGCUUCCUGCUCGAGCUCGGCGUCGAGGGCAACCCGAUAUGGGUUUGGCUUCUGGCCAAGUACGAUCACAUCAAGAGCAAGAUACAGACCACCGCCGAUCGUUCCAAGGUCGAAAUCGAAGUCUUGCGCCGUCGACUGGCCAACAAUGACAAGCCGGCACCGCAAACCGUUGCCGUUCACAUGCGCUCCAUUGGUCGACAACCCGCGGGCGGUAAACAGCUGGCGUUGGACACCGUUGACAUUGUCGAGCUGUGGGAGAAGAUGCUAGCCUUCAUAACCAAUCUCUACUCCCCCCAGGGUGUGCUCGGCGAUCUGGUCGAGUUUUGGCAGGCGGCACAGGGCUUCGUCGAUGGCAAAACGCAAAAGCAGCUACCGGUAGGCUACAAUGGCGAGUCUCGCGUUCACCACAAGCUCUCGCAGCAAGUCGUGUCCGAUCUCGACAAAGCCAUCGUGGAGCUGGUCGAACUCCUCCGUGACCAUGUCUUUGCCUUCUUCGCCGACCUGCCACCCGAAGAUGUCUCCCUUCUCUUUUCGCCACUGCCCCCGAUGACGCCCAGUUCGCCAACGCCCCCUGGUGGGUUCACCCCGACCGCUCUCCGCGACCCACGGUUCAACUUCGACCCCAGCAACCCCCCGCCGCAAUCCCCCAAGAGAGGCGAGCAGUGGGAGAAGCUGGCUUUUUGGCCGCCGUGGUCGAACUCGGUCAGCGGCGUGCAGUACCUGUCCCAGAUGCUCGCCCUGGUAGGAUCGGCGGCGUCUGAGAUGGCAAGCCUCCGACCCGUGGCAUCGGGCAAGCCCCGGUUGCUCGACGAUCUGAAAUCCCUCGUCGGCGUCUCGAGGGAAAGGUGCGUCACGGCUCUUUGCGCCGCCUGGAACCGUGACGCGGAGAACAUCAAGUUUGUCGAGGACUGGCAGAGGUCGCCGGAAGCAGGCGACGUGACGCGAAUGCCUCAAAUCUUCUCGGCUUUUGAGGGCGCUCUGCUGUCGGGCAUGCAGAAGAUCCUCUACAUCCCAGACGCCAUGGAGAAGCCGGGCGCGAGGAACAUUGUCCAGCCUCCGUCGACCAAGCUCCUGCAGAUGGUGCGAAGCCAGUACGUCACCACGCUAUACAAGGCUCUCAGUGGCAUGGUGGAAAACGCCGAGCGGUCGUUGAAGAAGGACGACGACGAGUGGGCAGCGGAGUCGCCGGGCGCCUGGCAGAGUCUCGGCGCGGCGUUGCAGGAGGCGGGAAAUAACACACUGGACGCCGGAGAUCGUAACAUCAGGAUGCUGUUGACGCUGAGCAACCUCCAGGCGCUUCGGUCCCAAGUCGUGCCAAGCCUAAACCUGCAGUUCGAGAACGCUUUCUCCGUCAAGCUCACAGACGAGGCCAAGACGAUCCGUGACGUCCUUGGGCAGAUCGACUCCCGACUCUUCCAGUCCUUUACCAAGCAGUCGGUCGACAAGGUGCGCGAAAUCGUCCAGGCGGGGCUGACACCGUCCGACUGGUGCCCUCCCCCCAACGAUCGGCCGCGAUCGGCCAAGCCGUACGUCUACGAGGCCCUGCUCACGCUCGUGCUCGUCCACUCCCAACUGGCCACGACGGCACCGUCUCUCACGCCCCAGGUUCUCUCUUUCCUGCUCGAGCAGACGUCUCUCCAGCUCCUUGACACCUUCCGCUUGCGCCCGCGGUACUCGCUUGAGGCCCUGAUGCAGGCCACACUCGACGUCGAGUUUCUCGCCCAGACGCUGAGCCACUACACGACCGACCGCGCAUCAGAGCUACAGAGCCAAAUUUAUCAAGAGCUCGACAGCCGCACCGACAACGACGCGCGCGCGAGGCUGCAGAAUGAGCUGCCUGAGAUGCGUAGCAUGCUCAAGAAGUUACGUGAUGCGAGCAAGAACGAGUUUGCAUGCUUCAAGAGGCCGAAGCGACAGGCCCAGACCAAGACAGACGCCUCGGUAGAUUCACCGUCUGUCAUGCUGCAAAGCAAUAACAAGGGCCGAAAAUACAAUACGGUCCAGUACCCCCAUCUGCCGGCCAGCAGCAGCAGCACCUGGUACGGACCGUAA